GCAGCUUUUCAAAUAUGGCUGUUGGAUAGCGAAUUGCCUCUCAACUGAAGAGCUGGUGCUUUCAAGACUUUUGUUCUGUGAUUUAUAUUGUUACAAUCUGCUUUGAUGCUUCCAAACUAUGAUAUCUGCAAUAAUAUCACGUUUAGUGAUACUGGUUUUUGGGACCCUUUAUCCUGCUUAUGCAUCCUACAAGGCUGUUAGAACAAAGAAUGUCAAAGAAUAUGUAAAAUGGAUGAUGUACUGGAUAGUAUUUGCUCUCUUCACAUGUGCUGAAACUUUCACGGAUUUGUUCCUAAGCUUCUGGUUCCCAUUCUACUAUGAGAUCAAGAUAGUGCUGGUGUUAUGGCUGCUCUCUCCAGCCACCAAGGGGUCCAGUAUUCUCUACCGAAACUUUGUCCACCCUGCUCUUACCAAACGAGAACAGGAGAUAGACGAGUACAUCAGCAAAGCCAAGGAGCAGGGAUACCACACCAUGCUGCAGCUGGGGUCCAAGGGAGUUACGUACGCGACUAAUGUUAUCAUGCAGACUGCCAUCAAGGGUGGUGGUGGACUAGUGAACCACAUCCGUCGCAGCUACAGCCUGAGUGAUCUAUCUGAUGACAUGGACAUCAAGUCUGACCUCAACCGUAACAGUAAACUGCACGCUGACAAUAUUGACUCAGCUGAUGUUCCUAGAGAUUCCAGAAGGACUCCUCGCAAGACUGUCGGCAGCCAUGUUGAUCUCUACUUUCCUGAAAUGGAUGUUGAUAUUCGAUCUCACUCCCAUGAGCUUCCCGUUUCCCUUAGCCAGAUAAGAUCUACUGAGGACAUCAGCUCAGGCUACUCCAGCAGUGGUGAAGGCCAAGUAGUGAUGGAGGGAGGGAACCCUCUGAUGAGAACAGCCUCGGUGGGAGGGGCCCGUACUAGGGGGAGGGGGGCUCGUAACACAGCACCCGUCUCCAAGAAACCAUCUCUCACAGAGGAAGGAGAAGACUACACAGAGGAGAUAGAGUGGCAACAUGGCCUCCCUCCCUUCCCACUAGCCGCAUUGUAUCCUCAACUUCUCAACCUUCAUCCUUCAUCUCAAGCCUAUCUUACACCUGAAGUUUUACAAAUAAUUCUCUCCAAUUCACUACCUACAGUUAGCAAUAAUGUUUCUGCCAAUAUUUAUGAGAAAGCAGGAGAUGGGACUUUGGGUUCUAAUGAAAUCAAGAAUUAUAUAAACAAUACUGGAAAUAAAAUUGUUGAACAGAGCUCAGAAAUAAAAGAAGAUUACAAUGCAAUCCAUGGGAACAAAAAUGAUAAAGUUAAAGAAGUAAAUGAUAUAUCUGGUGAUAUUAUUGAUGUGAAAACUAAUGAUCUAGAAGUUGCUAGUUUUAUGGAUGCUGAUAAAGUUAUGAUGUGUGAUGUAAAAGCAACUAAAGUAAUACCAGAAGAUCUACAGAAAUCAGAAAAGGAACAGUUACUACUUUAUGAAAUAGAACAGAGUGAAUGUUUUGAGGAUGCUUGUAGUGAUUCAUCCUUGCCACUUAUAGGAUCAAAUGACUCAAUUCCUGACAGAAACAUUUUAAAGCGAUCAAUGUCCAAUGAUUCACAUGCCUCCAGUGAUGAUCCAUGCUUUGAAGAUUCCAUCACGGAUGUUGAGAUGCUAUCCGACCCGAGUGUCAAUGAACGAAAAGGUAAAUAUAAUAAAGGUCGAGCACCAGCUCCCCCUCCUGAACUGAAAGAUACACUUGGAGAAACAUCUUUCCUUGAUGCUGAAUCUUCAAAUUCAAUAAAUAAAACAGACGUACUUUACCCGAGCAAUCAGUCUACUGUUAUGCAGAGGGAGAUCAGUCCAUCUCCAAGUAUAAAAAGCAAAAAAGAUUUCAGCCGUUUUUUGCCAAAAUCCUCAUUAUUCAGCUUUUUUGGAGCUAAAGAAGACACUCACACCCCAAAGACACCAUCCGUCCUUAACAGAUCCCCAUCAAAUGUCAGUGGCAAAUCAGGCCAAUUUAAUCCAUCAGGAGGUAGUUCCCCUUCAGUUACCAUAAGUAACAUCGAGUAUACUCCUGAUAAUAGCGACCGAACUUCGAAAAAAGACGAAAGUACAUCAUCCCCUAAACUGAGAUUACGUCAAAUGUCCCAGUCACCUUCUCGGAAAAAACAAUAUCUAUUUGAAUAAAAAAUGCUGCUGUAAACAUUCAUGGGGGAAAAUAUCAAGAUUGAACUGGUUCAUUACAUAGGCAGAAAAAUCCAAAUCAAUUCCUUAAGAAUUAUAAAAAAUAUCUGCAAAGACUAAAUGUGAUUUCACGUAUUACAUCCAGCAGCAUUUGUAGGAAUCCCUUCCUUAGAUUAGCUAACUGCAUGGUAAAGGUUAGGUAUCAAUACUGUGUGAUUAUUCCCUGUCCUAAGGUCCCCCUAUGGGCUGAAUAUUGUUACAACGGAGACAAACUCCUGGCACGAAUCACCAUCUCACAUCCCGCCAAGCUAUGCGACUCUCCCCAAGAGUAAGAGAGUAGCUCGUAAAAAGACGCAAUGAAGACUGGAUUG